UAUACACAAUAGUAAUUAAUAAUAAUAGGUAGUUCAAAAUAAAUCUCUGUCCACCGUCUUCAUAACAAAUAAUUUCUACUCCAGUCGGAGUGUCUGACUAUUAUCCAUCAUGGAAGAUGCUUAUAUGAAGCCAAAGGAAGAAGUUGUGAAGCAUUUCGGGGUCUCUGAAAGUCUUGGACUGACUUUAGAACAGGUUAAAAAAAAUCGGAAAAAGUACGGACCGAAUGAAUUACCGGCGGAAGAAGGGAAACCACUAUGGCAACUUGUCGUUGAACAAUUUGAAGAUCUUCUAGUUAGAAUUCUACUUUUGGCUGCUGUUAUUUCAUUCAUCCUUGCGUUGUUUGAAGAAGGUGAUGACACUGUUACUGCGUUUGUGGAACCUUUUGUUAUUCUACUAAUUCUCAUCGCGAAUGCUAUCGUCGGAAUAUGGCAAGAACGGAACGCUGAAAGUGCGAUUGAGGCUUUAAAAGAAUACGAACCAGAAAUAGGAAAAGUUAUACGAAACGAUAAAGCAACUGUGCAAAGAAUUCUCGCUAAAGAUAUCGUCCCUGGGGAUAUUGUCGAGGUUGCUGUUGGCGACAAAGUCCCGGCUGAUAUUAGACUAACUCAAAUUCGAUCUACGACACUCCGUGUGGAUCAAGCUAUACUUACCGGUGAAAGUGUUAGCGUCAUCAAGCAUACUGACCCAGUACCAGACCCAAGAGCAGUUAAUCAAGACAAGAAAAACAUGCUUUUUUCUGGAACCAAUAUUGCUUCUGGAAAAGCAGUCGGCAUCGUAGUGGGUACAGGAAGUAAUACGGAAAUUGGAAAAAUUCGUGACGAAAUGGCAGAAACUGAAACGGAAAAGACACCAUUGGCACAAAAAAUUGACGAAUUCGGCGAACAACUAUCAAAAAUAAUCACCAUCAUUUGUAUCGCUGUAUGGGCGAUUAACAUCGGUCAUUUCAACGACCCUAUUCACGGAGGAUCUUGGAUCAAAGGAGCGAUUUAUUAUUUCAAGAUCGCGGUCGCUUUGGCUGUAGCUGCAAUUCCUGAGGGUCUUCCUGCUGUAAUUACCACAUGUCUAGCUCUCGGAACUCGCAGGAUGGCGAAGAAAAAUUCGAUCGUGCGAAGUUUACCUUCCGUUGAAACGCUUGGAUGCACAUCAGUGAUUUGUUCAGAUAAAACAGGCACUCUAACAACCAAUCAAAUGUCAGCAUGUCGUAUGUUUGUCGUCGAUAAUGUUACCGGGGAUGACAAUAUCAAAUUUCGACAAUUCUCAAUCAGUGGCUCAACAUACGAACCACGAGGGGAAGUUACUGAAAAUGGCAAACCUGUAAAUGCUGGAAAAAGUGAGGCUUGUGUGGAAAUGGCGACCAUUUGUGCUUUAUGCAAUGAUUCAUCUCUUGAUUAUAACGAAGCAAAAGGAGUUUAUGAAAAAGUAGGGGAAGCUACUGAAACAGCUCUGACCGUUUUAUGUGAAAAACUCAAUGUUUUCAACACUGAUGUUUCGCAACUUUCUAAACAUGAUAGAGCUAAUGCUUGUAACGAGGAAAUCAAGAAACUUACUGAAAAACAAUUUACUCUAGAGUUUUCUCGUGACCGCAAGUCUAUGAGUGUGUAUUGUCUACCUCGUGAAAGCACAGGGCCAAAAAUGUACGUAAAAGGAGCUCCAGAGGGCAUGUUAGAGCGUUGCUCAUAUGUUCGAAUCGGCAAGGAUCGUCAACCUAUGACUCCGAAAUUGAAGGACCACAUACUCCAACUAGUGGCUGAAUAUGGUACAGGACGAGACUCACUUCGUUGCCUUGCUCUCGGAACUAUUGAUAACCCGGUUAAUCCCAAGGAUAUGGAUCUUGCAGACUCAACAAAAUUUAUUGAGUAUGAAUCUGGAAUUACUUUUGUCGGUAUUGUUGGCAUGCUCGACCCCCCUCGUGUUGAAGUUUACGACGCAAUUCAGCAAUGCAAGAGUGCAGGAAUCAGAGUUAUCGUAAUUACUGGGGACAACAAAGCUACUGCCGAAGCGAUUUGUCGCCGUAUCGGAGUAUUCGAAGAACAUGAGAAUACUGAAGGACUUUCAUUCACUGGACGAGAAUUUGAUAAACUGACUACAGAACAACAGCGACAAGCUUGCCUUGAUGGAAAACUAUUUGCUCGGGUCGAGCCAGCACACAAAAGUAAAAUUGUGGAAUAUCUUCAAGCCAAUGGGGAUGUUACAGCUAUGACAGGGGACGGAGUGAACGACGCCCCGGCUUUGAAAAAAGCUGAAAUUGGAAUCGCCAUGGGUAGUGGGACCGCUGUAGCGAAGACAGCUUCAGAUAUGGUUCUAGCAGAUGACAAUUUUUCUUCUAUUGUGGCAGCUGUCGAGGAAGGUCGAGCAAUUUACAAUAACAUGAAACAGUUUAUCAGAUACCUCAUUUCAUCUAAUAUUGGAGAGGUUGUUUGUAUUUUCCUUGCAGCUGCGCUUGGAGUACCGGAAGCUCUUAUACCCGUCCAACUUCUAUGGGUCAACCUUGUUACCGAUGGUCUGCCUGCUACUGCACUAAGUUUCAAUCCCCCAGAUUUAGACAUAAUGACCAAAAAACCUCGUUCUACUAAAGAUACUCUCAUUAGCGGAUGGUUGUUGUUUAGAUAUUGUGUAAUUGGUGUCUACGUUGGAUUUGCUACUGUCGCUGCGGCGUCUUGGUGGUUUAUGUAUGCAGAUAACGGUCCCACUGUGUCAUGGUGGCAGCUUACUCAUUACAUGACUUGUUCUUCCGAUCCUGAAAACUACGAAGGAAUUGAUUGUAAGAUAUUUGAAGAUCCACACCCUAUGACAAUGGCAUUAUCCGUUCUCGUUACCAUCGAACUCCUGAACGCCCUAAACAGUGUAUCUGAAAACCAGUCCUUGCUGAAAAUGCCACCAUGGCAAAAUAUGUGGCUGAUAGGAGCGAUUAUAUUGUCCAUGGUACUCCAUUUCAUAAUUCUCUACGUUGAUCCGCUACCGAUGGUUUUCCAAAUUUGCCCGCUGAAUUGGACUGAGUGGAGUAUGGUCCUCUACCUAUCCCUGCCUGUUAUAUUAAUCGACGAAGCAUUGAAGUAUUUAGCGAGACAGUACGUGGAAAGUACAGAUGAAAACACCUCAAAGAAAACCGAUUAACUUUCAGACAAAGAUGUGGCGCAAUGAAGUAUCAUGUGCAGUUAAAAAAACGACUUUACUUUUCAAUUCACUGAAUAUUUUGAACAUUCUGUUCUUUUCCUGGCAGUUGCUUUUCCAUCAUCCUAGUUCCGAAGCAAUAAUCUAUGUUCUUGUACAAACUUCAAGACAACUUUAUAUAGGAAAUUCACCUCUUUGUUGUUACGUUUUUGCUGUUCUGUUAUUUGUCAAAUUUCAUUGUUUCCGCAGGUGCUGCUACUUUAUUAGAAGAAGUCAGACAAUUCAAACAGAAUUACAUUUUUUUUUUCAAAUUUUAGAAUGUGAAAAAUUCUCCUAUUAGCUGCGGAAAAAUCAGUUUUAAAAUAUUGAGUUGAGUUUCAUUUCUUUUUCAAAUUAGAUAAUAAUAAUCAAAAUUUUGCUCCCUAGGCUAUAAAUCUUAUUUGGUAAUUUGUAUUGAACUGUGAGAUAUAAUCAUAAAAUUUGUGAAAAAUCCAGUUUGUACUUAUUUAGUCAACAAAAAGACAAAUUGGAAUUCAUUUUGAAUUCUUCCUUUGUUAUAAAUCUCAUUAUUUGGUCUCCUUCAGUGUUCACUUUAGAACUGAGUGUUUUAAAAUUAAUAUAUUUAAGGCCCAGUGUGGCACAAUACUGAACUGUUAAAAACUAGACAUUCUCUAUUGAUAUACCGACAGUCAAUUCGGUAUGGUCAAGUCAAUUAUGGCUCGGCGAAAUUGGAUUACCUAAUUUGAAAUUUUUUUUAUUAAAUCAAUACUGAACAGUUAUAUUGGCCAGAUUUUAUUAGGUCAAUUGAAAUUCGGAUUCGAUUUAAAAUUUCUUUUAUUUUAUAUGUUGAUGUCAUUCGAAAUUAGACAUACCUAUGAGAGUCGCUCCAUUACCAACAGCUCAAUAUCAUAUUUUCAGGCGUGCCUGGGACAGGUUGGGUGUCAUACUUUAUGGUUGGCGAAUCAUAUAUUAUCGAGUCGAAAAUCAAUUCGAUACCUGGCACAAAUUUGGGAUAUAAAAAUUCUGGAGUUCAAUUUUAAUUAUUUCUUCUUGGUUUUUCAUAGUCUAGUCUUCUCCUAACAGCUGCUUUUUUUGAAAAUAUAAUUUAUUCGUGCCUUGCAAAAUACGGAACAGCUGGGUAAUAGGAAAUAUUUAUUGAUUGCCCAGUUUGUAUUAGGCCAAAAUCAAUUAAAAAUAGGACUUCAUUUUAAAUUAUUUUUGUUUGAUUUGUCAUAGCUGUGAUGUUGCAGCUGCAUGUUUUGAAGUUAUUAUUUAUGCAUCCCAGGCACAAUACUGAAUAUUUAGGAAUUAGAAGUUCUUCAUUGAUUGUUUCGUUUGAAUUUGCCCAAAUUUGGAUUUCAUUUUGAAAUAUUUUUUGUUGGUUCGGUAUAGAUGUUGCUUUAUAACUGAGUGUUUUGAACUUUUUAGGCAUGUCUGUCAAUUCUGAAUUACUGUUAUUUAUCAAAAGUCAACUCAAAAUUGGAAUUAUUUUGUAUCAUUUUUUAUGGAUUUGUUAUGUUAGAGCUGUUACCUAACAGCUGUGUUUUUUGAAAAUAUUAUUUAUGAGUGCCUGUUAUAAUACUGAACAGUAAGUGGAUUCUUUAUUGGUUGGCCAGGUUUUCAAUACUUUGUUCAAAAUAGGACAUCAUUUGAAUUAAUUUUCUUUGGUUUCCAUUGUUUAGUCCAGCGUUUCUCAAACUUCUUUGCCCCCGAAACACUUACGCUUUUUAUAUCACGAAAACAUCAAAAAAAUGGCGGUAAAGUCGUUGGGCAGUUUCAAAAAUAUUUAUCCUAUGGUAAAAUGAAAAAUUUUGCUGUGAAGUUGAUAAUUAAAAAAAUUAGGCUGACUGUUACCGCGAACUCCAUGCUUUCCAGCAUGGCACGAGGCCUAUCCGCCUCGGAUUUACGAUCUGGAUCCAUCAAAGUACAGCUGGGAUUUCUUUAGCGGCCAAUUUAGUUGCCAUUUCGUUCCCUCUUCCGCGGAACAAUUUGAAGAAGCUCGUGUACCAGUAGUGUCCCGUGGAAAGCAGUUUCAGAAACGCUGUUCUAGUCUUUUCUUAACGGCUGCUUAUUUUGAAAAUAUUAUUUAUACGUGCCUGUUGCAAUACUGAACAGUUGGGAUAAAUGUAUUUUGGGAAUAAUAUAAUAUUUAUGCAUAAAUGGCUCUAAACAGUUUUGAAUUAUUUCUAUUUAGCUUUUUCGAGCCGUCACGUUUCAACGGGGUAUUUUGAAAAUAUAAUUUAUGCAUGCCUAUCACACUUUUUGCACAAGUUGCUGCUGAUUUGUGAUUAUUUUAAUCACCUCACAAAAAUAUGUUGUCGAUGUUAACUUUAUGUUGUUUUGUAUUGUAAGUAUAAAUUUUUUUUUUUCAUCUCAAAUUGAAAUUGUAAGAUUUAUUGUGAUUAUAGUAUUAUUGAAUGUGAAACAGUUAGAGUUAACAAAAUUGAAUAAUUCUAAUUUUAAAUCUGGAAGGUGGUUCUAAAACUUUCACGAUCCAUGGUCUUUUCCGAUGGAUAUUAAAAAUUUAUUAUAUUUUCUAAUUUUUUUCGGCAAUUGAGUGAAACCUUUGUAUUCUCAUUCAAUGCUCAUAAUUUUUCAAAAGUUUCCAAUUGAAAAAAUGGUAGUUUACCAAGUUAGACUUAGAUUGUAACAGCUAUCAGGUAUGGCCAGAGGCUAAAAACAUGGGUUUGUAGAAGUUUCAAGGGUAUAAAAAGUGUGCGAGCUAUGAAAUAUUGCCAUGAAACUCCAUCCCCCCACCCUUAGCUAUGCCCUUGACUGUAUCUGAAGGACAAAACUUGCAAAUAAAACUGUUCUGGGAAAACGAAGAAAUUUGAUUUUCAAACUCUAUCUUUUUAUUGGGAUACUUUGAGGAAUAUUGCUUUAACCUUUAUCAGUUUAACAUUUGCCUCUUAGUCUUGAAACCCUCGGCCAAUUAUAUGAAUGACCAAUGUAUUAGAGCAUGGGUGUGUAACCUGCGGCCCGUGGGCCAAAUGCGGCCCACAAGAAAAAAUUGAGCGACUCGUGGUGAAGUGCCAAUCUUAGAUGGUGUGCACCUGCCAAUUAUCCCGCCAAUAAAAAGCCAAUGUUCUAGCCUGCCUGUAUAAAAGGUUGCACACCUAUGUAUUGGAAUAUUCGAUUCAUUUUUUACAUUCCUGAUCUUGCUGUAUUGUAUUAGUGUAAAAAUAAUUUUUUAAUACUUCACGUCAAUUGCAUGAUUUGCUGUGAUUAGUAAAAAUAAUGUUGAUUCAAGAUUUUUAGUAAAUUUACAAUGGCGUUAUUUAUUUGUGCUUGAUCCAGGGAUGGCCGAAAUCAAAUAUAUUUAAAAAAACUUUUCAAAUACGGAAUAUAAAAUUCGCAGUGAAAUGAUUUGUCUUUAAAUUGUUUAAUUCAAAUAUUUUUUCAUAGUCCAAAUUUGAAUGUUCGCUGCGUAUUGAUAUUUCCUGUCUUGUAGCUUCAAAAUGUCACUAAUGGCUGAUUUGUUAUUGUUGAAACAAACAAAUUAUUUCUAUCACAAUUGGAGAAUUGAUACAAAUUUUACAUCAAAUUCAGAUGGAAAAUUUUUUUAGACCUUGGAUACGCUGUAUUGAAUGUAACUAUUUCCAAAUCAUUGAAAAAUCAAUUCAUUUCUGGCAUCCCUGGGUGAAUCACCUUUUUAAAUAAGUAGAUGUAGAUCAUUUCUAUUCUAUCCAUCCAUUUUUUUGUGUUUAACUUUGAAUAACUAGAUAGUAUCUCUAAUGGUGGCUUAACUUCAUCUAAAAUUGAGCUUAUACUCAGUUUCGUAAGGCAUUGCUGUUUUAUUUGUUCCAUACUUGUGUGCUGCCUGUAAUUUCGAUAUAGUUAAAUUAAAAACAACAAGCCAAGAUGUUACACUGAUUGGCGUUAUUUUGAGUUUCAUUAGCAAGCGCAAUAAUUCCAAUUAAUACCUUAUUAGUAACUGAUCGAAAUACCUGGUUUAGUUUUUAUUUGGAAUUUACCUCAAUAAAAAAAUAUCAAGUCUAUGCUUGUGAAAACUAACUGGCUAACUAAUCCCAUACCCGACAUGGACUGGUAACCGGAAGAGAGGCUGUGGUUCACCAUAUGAUUAAGCUGUUUUAUCGGCUUUCCUCGCAGCAGAAUAAAUAUGUGAAUCCUGUACUGUCCAAGCAAUAGUUAAUUCUUUAUUAAUUUUGUGUGUCAACCACUCCCAGUUUCAAAAUUCCCCCUCCCGAAGUUUUUUUGGCCCUCACUCUAUGCUACCACAAGAGUCUUGUCCUUCUUUACCUUAUUUUUAGAAUAUUAGAAAAACAUUAAAACAGUUCCUACAGGGUGAUCUAAAAAAACAGAUAUAAAUUUUUAAUUAUAAGAAAAUUUAUUUAACAGUUGAACUACUGUUUGUGCAUGAUUGUACCAGUAAUCUAGGAUGCUUCGCACAAAAGUUAUGUUUUCUCUAGAAUAUGUUCCAAAUUACUUGAGUUCUGUUUUUCUCGGUCACUCUGCUAUCUGAUUAUUUCGUACAGUUAUCUGAUAAAAAUUGUGAUUAUCUUGAAUGUAA